CUUGGACUUGCGCGAUGACCUGUGCCGGCUUGUCUUCUGCGUCGGGGUACCUUUUCCACCUUUCAAAGACGUCUUCGUGAUGGAAAAGAGAAACUACAAUAACGUCUUGGUGGAUAAAGUGAAACGAGAAAAGAUAAAGAUGUUUGCCAAUACGAGUCCGGCAGCGCAUUCUUCAUUGCCGAAGGCGUCAGCGACUUCUUCUUCUAGCACAUCAACUACCAAAGGGCCAACAACUGUCAAAGAAAAAGAGGAGCGUGCUGCUGCAGCUAGAAGUCGAGUUUUGGCAAGGGCUGCUUUGAUGGCAAAUAACGUUGCGCAACCGGCGCAAAAUCAACAGCCUGGAUUCGGACAGCCGCAGAAUCAACAGCCGGGAUUCGGAGGAGCCACUACAGUCGUGCCAGCUUUCAACACCUCAACAAGUUCAUCAGGCUUCGGCUUCGGUGGCACAGCUGCAGUUGUCAAGAAUGUUGCAGGAGCACGAGGUGUUGCGAAUACAACUACGACGUCAGCAACAAGUUCAUCAGGAGGUGGCUCCACUUUUGCCUUUCAUCAGGUAAACAGUCGCAUUGGUGCAGCGCCGAUGACCACAGGUCAACAACCUCAAGGCUUUGGGUUUGGAUUUUCUGGGUCAGUCGUAGCGCCAGUUGGUGGCUUUGGUUCUCUAGCAUUUGGAUCAGGAAUGACCUUUGGAGGUGGUUUUGGUUCUACGACAGGAGGAAAUUAUGCCUUCGCACAACCACCUUUCAACAAAGGAGUAGGCUUUGGGGCUCCUCCUGGCGGUGCAAAUAAAGCGAAUCAAGUCUCGAGUACUUCAGGAAAUAAAGAAAAGUCAGCGACGAGUUCAAGCUCUUCAGGAGCCAACGCGGUCCCAGGUUCUUCAGGACUGCCUCCGAAAAACGAAAGUGGAGCUGUGGGUCCAAUUGCAAAGACGGAUGAAGAGAAAAAACUGAAUCCAGCAGCAUCGAUUGAAACUGUUGUCAAUUCAGAUGCGCCCGAAGGUGAACAAAAAGAACGCCUAUCCUUUUCCGACAAACUGCAGUUGCAGCGAAGUAGUGUAACCUCAUUGGCUAUGGGAAAGCAUGAAGGUCAUGGCUCUGUCCUAGUUCAGCCAGGUGUUUUUGAAGAAUUGGACUCACAAGGGAGUUUGCAACACGACAAUGUCAAUAAGGGCUUGGUCAACUACGCAAAUAAGGAGCAGAAGGUCUUGAAGGUGAACGCGACAACUUCUAGCUGCACGACUGGUGUAGGAAUGAAGACUACAUCAAGAACCCACACGGGAGUACUAGUACCAGGAGCGCAGUCAUCAUCUUCAUCAUCUCUUCGGCAUGCUGGUACAACAGCAACAUCAGCAACCAACACGACAGGUAAUACUACUGCAGGAGGUGCUGGGGGAGCAGGAGCACCCGCACCAGCGGCCCCCUCGUCUUCCUCCUCUCCUUCAUUCCUGCUUUCUGGGGAUGAAUGGUAUGCCAUUCAGGCUUACCGGGCAGUGUCUCAGGCCUUAGGCAGAUGCAUACGCCAUCAACGAGAUUACGGCGUAAUGGUUCUCUUUGACUGUCGUUGGACUAAAGCCUGCAUAGAACGAAGACUAGCAAAGUGGCUACAGCCCUUCGUUUUGUACGACUACAAUACAAGCACGUUGGUGCCAGAGGGAGGUGCUGGACAAGGAUUGCAGCAGGUACAGGGAACGCCGCAGGUACAGGGACAAAAUGUUCGCGGACAUCAACCUGCUAUGGUGCAGCAGAUACAACAAGCACAGAGUGGGAGUAGUGGACCGCAUCAGGUUCCUGCUAUCAGUCCUGGUAUUGUCACAAAUGCAAGAAUUGCAGCAACUUCUUCGUCUUCAACGCUAAAUAAUCUUCCCGCAGAACAGAAUAUUGUCCAGUUAGCGAGGGUUGUGCGAGCACAUUUUGUCCAUAAUAUGAAACGCGUAGAAGAGGAACAGAAAAGUCUCAUUGCAGCGUUGAAAACUGUGGUCAGUAACAAGCCAGCACAACAAGAAGAUCAACAGAGGGUUGCGAAGGAGGAAGUAGAUAGGGAAGUGAUGAAGAAAAAAGUGCACUUUAGUACCUAAAUACUGUAGAAGUGGUGUUGAUGUGAAAGCAGCGUCAGCGUCGACUAUCACUCUCGUCUGGUAAUGCAGGUACUUGUGCCUCUGGCUAGAAGAAGGGGUGUAGGGUAAUGCCCAAAUUCUAGUGACGAAAAUAAGAUACAACUGGCUUGCCAGAGAAGUAUUCCCUAGACAAUUCAGUGUGUGCGUUUAAGAUUGGUCCUUCUAACUGCGAGGCUAUAGUGAAGUUAAAUAUCACCUAAGUACAAUCUAAUAUCUCACAGUCCAUUAUUGGCUAGACAAAUGAGUUGUCUGUUGCAGAGAGAAAGACUAGAUUGAGUCUGUCGUGUGCAUGGGUAUGUUGAGUCACGAAGGUAGUUACGACCAAAACUGAUUUUAUCCUCUCUGCCCUCUGAGCAAUUGAUGAUCAGUUGACAGAAAUUGCUGAGCAUGAAUUCAUCUGUGCAUCUGAGAGAGUAACUGGUCCUAAGCCUGAUAUCUGUCAAUGGAAGGAUUGAACUUCUCUGUUAUGAGCAUGAGGAAGCGAAGUCACAUUUCUUUGAGCAAGUAAUUGCAGCGACUGCGACGACUACUGAUUGUGUCAUCUUGUCACUAGGGAAGUUGCUCCUCUGGGC